UCGCCAAGAAAAAGGUCCGCGAUCGCCGCGCAGAUGAAGUGCUCUCCGCGCGCGCGUGGAGGGUAAAUUCAGCUCGCGGGGGGCAACAUGUUGGAGGGAGGGGGGCAUGUGCGGAGUCACGACGCACGACGCAACGCGGUUCGUCAUGACCCUGAAGUGAAUCACGAUGGGAUUUCGUUGGUGACGUGAACGCAAUUAGACUCGCUUUUUGCGCUGCGCAUUUCCCACCAGCCGCAGCUGCCAAUCAUCUCCGAGUUUGCUGGGUUUUAUUUUCUAUUUUUACAUUCUGCACUUUCCAUCUCCUGAAACUUCAUUUGCCCUCCUCCGCGCGCACAGUGGCUGCGCUCCGCCCGCGUGCGCAGACGGUUUUGCGGGAUUUUUCUCCGCCGCUUCAUGCCUCGCGCACCUGUGGACGCCUUUUGUGCUCCGCUUGCCCCCCGUCCCUCCCCACAGCGCAGAGCGCGCGGCGGACGCGCGGCCGGACCCGCGCUCUGAGGACACAUCCAGCACCACCGCGGCUCCGAACAGCUCCAGCCCGCGCGCGCGUGGAUGGGCUCUGCCGGUCUCCGUGUCUCCCGCAGCUCCUAACGACCGGCGACGAUGGCAUCUCACGGCUUCUGGUCCCUCGGCGCGGAUAACGCGGGGGCCACCGCCGGCAGUCAGAGCCCCAGCACGCCCAGAGCCUGGUGCCAAGCGGCGGCCCAGAAACUCUCCGGAGGAAUUGGAUCGAAAAUAUGCGCGCUGCUGAACGUGGGGGAAGUGGAGAAAGGUGCAGAAACGGGCGCAAAGCAGCCGCUGCAGCCGGCAGCCGGAACCUGCGGCUGCAACAAACCCUGCAACUGCGCCAAAACCGACGUGGGCUUCUCCGACCUCUACUCAACAGACUUGUUGCCGGCUCUGGACGGAGACUCCAAGACCAUGACCUUCCUGCAGGAGGUGGUGGACAUCCUCCUGGCCUACAUCGUGGAGUCUUUCGACCGAGAAACCAAAGUGAUUGAUUUCCAUUAUCCAAACGAGCUGCUGCAGCUCAACAACUGGGAGCUGCAGCACGAUCCCGCCACCCUGGAUGAUAUCUUGAUCAGCUGCCGCGCCACGCUCAAAUACGCCAUCAAAACAGCUCAUCCCAGGUACUUCAAUCAGCUCUCCACGGGGCUGGACAUGGUCGGGCUGGCGGCCGACUGGCUAACAUCCACGGCCAACACCAACAUGUUCACCUAUGAGGUGGCUCCUGUCUUCGUGCUGCUGGAAUACGUCACCCUGAAGAAGAUGAGGGAGAUCAUUGGCUGGCCGGAGGGGCGGGGGGACGGCAUCUUCUCACCUGGGGGAGCUAUUUCUAACAUGUACGCCAUGCUGCUGGCCCGCUUCAAGAUGUUCCCUGAGGUGAAGGAGAAGGGGAUGUCAUCCGUCCCCAGACUGGUGGCCUUCACGUCGGAGCAUAGCCAUUUUUCUAUCAAGAAGGGGGCGGCGGCGCUCGGCAUCGGGACUGAAAGUGUGAUCUGCAUCAAAGCCGACGAAUGCGGUAAACUGAUCCCGGCUGACCUUGAGAGGCGAAUUCUGGAGGCGAAACAGAAGGGCUUUGUGCCGUUCUUUGUGAGCGCGACCGCCGGGACGACGGUGUACGGAGCCUUUGACCCCCUCAUCGCCAUCUCCGACAUCUGCAGGAAGUACAACGUCUGGAUGCAUGUGGAUGGAACCAUCGGCUUCGAGGCUCAGAUCGACCGAUGUUUGGAACUGUCGGAGUAUCUCUACAACAAGAUCAAGGACAGAGACGGCUAUGAGAUGGUCUUCGAUGGGAAGCCUCAGCACACCAACGUCUGCUUCUGGUACCUCCCCCCCGGGAUGCGCUACAUCGAGGACAAAGAGGAGAAGAAGAAACGCUUGCACAAGGUGGCUCCCGUGAUCAAAGCCAGGAUGAUGGAGUACGGCACCACCAUGGUCAGCUACCAGCCCCAAGGAGACAAGGUGAACUUCUUCCGCAUGGUCAUCUCAAACCCCGCUGCGACCUUCGAGGACAUCGACUUUCUUAUCGAGGAGAUCGAGCGCCUCGGCCACGAUCUAUAAGACUCAGUCGUCGCUUUUUCCCCCCUUGGAGGAUGAAAUGUUUGUCGUGAAUGUACUGGUAAAGUUUUUUCUCUCUCUUUCCUGCAAAGUCAUAUAUAUAUAAAUAUAUAUUUAAGAUUAUAUUUGAGAGAAGUAUAUAUCCAUAUGUUACGUAUCGCAGCUUCGCCGGGGGCCGAGCGGCUCCACAGCUUUGUAAAAGUGCUUCUGUCUGCCUUUCUCGUAGUGCAGUGGCUCCUAGAGUCGUGUUAAGUGACGUAACAAUGUGUACUCUUGUGGUUCGACAUGCCUGUCAGUCGGCGAGGAAGAGCGUUCUUUGUUUAUUUACUUGUUUUUUGGGUCCUUCCUCGUUUGUGGAGUACGUGGUCAAGUGCCAAAUGUGGUUGUGAUCUGUGGAGGCUUGAAAACAAAAACGAGCUCUUCACUUUACCUCAGCUUCUUCUACUGCCUCCACGUCUGCACAAACAGAGAGAAUUCAAACUGCCGGCGCCGUUUCGCCGGCUCGUGCGUGGUUAAGACACGGGAUCAUUCACACGUGAAGUACUUGACGUGUUCUAGAUGUGCGUCAAACUGUGAAAACUCGUUUUUAUCGACACUAGAGCUGCUCGACAGAGUCGGUGGAACCUUUAUUGACACAAACGUGCUUCACAAAUGAGUCUGUUUUACUGCUAAAAUAGUAAAUCAGUCUGCUCCUCUAGUGGUCAUUAUAGGUACUGCAUGCACAAGUCUACAACUCCACCAGUUGAGGGAUUUUCCGCUAAAUCUUUACGGGUUUGUGGAAUCCUCAACUCGUUUGGAGGGUUAAAUCAUUAAAACGACGACCUUAUGCUAGA